CCCCGAUAUUAUAUAAAGCUGGUAAGGACGUCAUGAGUGAUAAUAUUUUGAAAGUGAUUCACUUGUGUCUAAACCUGGGAAGUUGACAUCUACUGUAUUCUCGAUUUCGCCGAAAGAUUUCUGAAAAUCAAAAGUUGUGAACAGAACAUUCUGGAAAUGACGACCCCAAAACCGAAAAGAAUAAAGUUGACCAUUGUUGGGGACGGUGCAACAGGCAAAACAUGCUUGUUGAUGGUGUAUAAGGAGGAAAAAUUCCCGCAAGAAUACGUCGCAACGGUUUUCGAAAAUUACGUGAAAUAUUUAACGUACGAGGGUAAAGGGAUAGAGCUUGUGCUAUGGGAUACCGCUGGACAAGAAGACUACGACAGUAUACGACCUUUGUCUUACCCGGAUACCGACGUAAUCCUAUUGUGUUAUGCUAUCGACCAACGAGAGAGCUUCGACAACAUAAUUAACAAAUGGCAAGAGGAACUCAAACAAUAUUGUCCGAAAAUUCCAAUUGUUUUGGUCGGCACGAAAAAAGAUUUGCGCAGCGAAAUAAUCACGAGUUCGGACAUCGAAAACAGCAACAAAGUGGACUUUGUUUUGCGUGACGAAGGGAGGAAAAUGUCGGAGUCUAUUUCGGCGUCCGCAUUUGUCGAGUGUUCGUCACUCACAGGGGAAGCGGUGAACGAUGUUUUCGAAAGCGCCAUAAAAGCAACUCUUCAGCGCAGGAAAAAGUUCAAAUAUCGCCUGAGAAAAUACUCCUGCUUCAUUCCAGUUUAAUAAUGUUACUUCAAAAAUUUGAAAUCAAGUCGAAAUACAAUCGUUUUUAGGUCAGCAUGGCUGAACUUGAACAUGGGUGUUUCGUUCAAAAGAGUUAUAGCGCGCUUGCGUCUCCGUAACCCAAACCGUUGGUCCGAUUGGUUUGAGAAGACAUUAGUAUGAGCGAUGCUAAAUACUCAAGAACUGUCAUAUGUCGCUGUUAUAACAUUACUUAAUAUAUUAAUAAAUAAUUGGGCAUUACGUGACCGUCCAAAAUGUGACAAUUUACGUGUGAUUCAGUUAAUCACGACAGAUACAAUAUCUAAUAUUUAAAAAUCUAUGAUAAAUAGGAGGGAAUAGAGCUACAGAAAAUGUACAGAAUAACGAAAAAGUAGCAUGUACAUAGAACAAUGAAAACGUGAUUUAUUCUAUUCUUUUUUUCAA